CGGAUAAGGCGUGAUCAUGAAGGUAAAGACGUUGCAACGAGCGCCGGGUGCCGUAGAGCGCGAGUGCUCCGGAGAUCUCCGUCGCCAAUCGCGCAAUCUCAAUCCACAGUAUCAUGUCAUGCAGAGAGCCCGGGAAUACACCCGCGCCGUCACGGCAGCCAAGAUGGAUCGCAUGUUUGCCAAGCCACUCGUGGGCAAUUUGGGACACGGGCACCGGGAUGCGGUCACGUGUACGGCCGUUUCGCGACGGGCCUUGCUACCAUUAGCGUCCGGGGCGGCUGAUGGCGUGGUGCAGUUGUGGGAUCUGCAGUCGCGGACUUCGGUAGCUACCAUCAACGCACAUAAUCGGGUAGUCACAGGAAUGUCGUUUGAUGUUUCCGGACAAGCCUUUUACAGUUGCAGUGACGACGGAAAAGUACACCGAUGGUCCAUUCAUCCGCAAGUUGAAAACCAAGACGAUGAGGACGACAAUAAUGCGGUCACGGAACCCACCUACGGUCCACUCGCGACUUGGCGCUGCAAUGGAGUUUUCAAAAGUAUCGAUCACCACUGGCACGACGACCGCUUCGCAACAGCGUCCGACUCGGCAGUACAAAUAUGGUCGCCCACCCGUUCUAACGCGUUGCAAACACACGACUCACUCUGGGGGUCCGACGACACCGUCACGGUGGUACGUUUCCAUCCGGCCGAACGAGAUUUGCUCGCGCACGUUUCCGCCGAUCGCGGUAUCGGCUUGCACGACACUCGCACGGGAGCGGCCUUGAAAAAGACUACACUUCGGAUGCGAUCGAACGACCUACAGUGGAAUCCAAUGGAACCCAUGAAUUUUGUUGUCGCCAAUGAAGACUACAACGCCUACCUUUUCGAUAUGCGAAAAUUGUCCGAGCCGAAGACGAUCUACAAAGGGCACGUGUCCGCCGUUAUGAGCGUGUCGUGGUCACCCACGGGACGAGAAUUUGCGACGGGUAGCUACGAUCGAACCGUACGAAUUUUUAAGGCCAGCCAGGGGGGUGCCGCCCGGGACGUUUACCACACAAAGCGUAUGCAACGCGUUUUUUGCGUGAAUUAUACGAUGGAUCACAAAUUCUUGGUCAGUGGCAGUGACGACACCAAUUUGAGGCUAUGGAAGGCACACGCCAGUGAGCAAUUGGGACAAUUGACGCCACGCGAAGAAUCGGCCAUGCAAUAUCGACAGGCUUUGGUAAGAAAAUACCAGCAUUUGCCGGAAGUGCGCAAGAUUUCGAAAGCUCGUAAAAUACCCAAGGCGAUCAAGAACCAAACGAAACAAGCUAUCAUUCAAAAGGAAAGCAAGGAUCGUAAGCAUGCUAAUCGGGUCAAGUACGGAAAAGAUGGAGAACACGAAUUUGUCGGCGAACGAAAAAAAACGGUGGUCAAAGAAUUGGACUAGAUAUGGUUGAAUUUUCCACCUUUUUCAAAAGCGUGUUACCCCAGUUCUCGUUGUUGCAACUGUACACCAUCCGAGCUUAACUUAUAAAGAACACUACGAACCU